UUUAGCUGUGGAGGAGCCUGCAGUCUUCAGCGGAGCUCUCAGCUCAACAAUGCUCGUCUAGUUCCCACGUCACAUCGGAGCCUCGUUUUACACUGAUUUCACUCCAAACAGGCGCCCGAGUGUGUUGCCUUCCGAAGCAUGACUGGAGUAUUCGACCGCAGGACCCCGAGUGUGAAACCCGCAGACUUCCAGAGCGCUUUCCCUCUCGCCACCAUGCACCAUCCGUCUCAGGAGUCGCCCACUUUACCCGAGUCCACCGCCACGGAUUCAGGCUACUACAGUCCGGCCGCCGGGGGACUCCCUCACGGCUACUGCUCGCCCACGUCCACCUCAUAUGGAAAGCCUCUCAACGCCUACCAGUACCAGUACCCGGCUGUCAAUGGAUCCACUGGGAAUUAUUCGACAAAAUCCUACUCUGACUACGGCUCGUACACGACGCCCGCCGCUUAUCACCAGUACGCAGGGACUUAUAGCAGAGUACAAGGCCAGCCGAGUCCACAAGAAAAAGAGAUUGUCGAGCCAGAAGUGAGGAUGGUGAAUGGAAAGCCCAAAAAAGUGAGGAAACCACGGACGAUCUAUUCCAGUUUCCAGCUGGCCGCGCUGCAGAGACGCUUUCAGAACACUCAGUACCUGGCUCUGCCCGAGAGAGCCGAACUCGCAGCCUCGCUGGGACUCACGCAAACACAGGUUAAAAUUUGGUUCCAGAACAGAAGAUCCAAGAUGAAAAAGAUUAUGAAAAACGGCGAGCUUCCUCCAGAGCACAGCCCGAGUUCCAGCGACCCCAUGGCCUGCAACUCCCCACAGUCCCCCGCCGUCUGGGACGCUCACGGACCCUCCAGGCCACACAGUCUCCAACCUCAGAACAUCAACACCAGUUCCGCUAACUUUUUGGAAAGCUCAGGAUCGUGGUUCACCUCAAGCAGCAGCUCCAUGGUUUCCCACCUUCAGACCCCAAAUUCAAUACAGCAUUCGUUGGCUCUUGGAGCGGGGACGUUAUAUUAAAACACAAUCCUGAUGUUCAUUUCCUUUUUUCCCCCUUCUAUCGGACUCGUUUUUCAGAGGAAUAUGCAAAAAAAUGUAUUCGAUGGCAGUCAUAGAAGAAACGUGUAAAAUGUGUAAAUGUGUGCAUGUAAUUUAUUGCAUUUUUGGAAGACUAUUAAACGUUUAAAUGGACAUUUUGAUUGUAAAUCGCAGACCGUCUUUCUUCUUGGACGUGAGAAGCAUUCAUGGCAAUUUUCAUUUUGAUUCUUCGCUUCAUUUUAUGUGUCCAGUUGUGUUGCUAUGAUGGCAGUCACGCACGUCCGUAAA